AUGAACAUACCAGCCGCAGCGAACGCUCUCGGUACACUCGGUGCAGUCUGCUGGUCUAUACAGCUGAUUCCGCAAAUUGUCAUCAAUUACCGACGCCAUAAUGCUGUCGGUCUCCAGCCCUCGAUGAUGAUGCUCUGGGCUUGGGCCGGCGUGCCGCUGGGCGUCUACAAUAUUGUCGAGGACUUCAACGUUGCGCUGCAGGUCCAGCCCCAGAUCUUGACGUUUCUGAGUCUCGCAACUUGGAUCCAGUGCUUUUACUAUCAAAGAAAUUGGUCAAUCCUCUGUUCUCUCGCCGUCGUAGCCCCGAUCGCGGCCGCCAUGGCCGGAAUCCAAGUCGCCCUCAUCAUCGGCCUCCGCAUCGUUAAGGACCGUGGCACCGAAUGGCCCAUGAUCCUCAUGGCCACACUCUCCGCCGCUCUGCUCGCCGCCGGCGUCCUGCGGCACUACUGGGACAUUUACCUCCACCGCACCGUGCGCGGCAUCUCCUUCAUCUUUGUCGCCAUCGACGCCGCCGGCGACGUGUUUUCCCUCGCGUCCAUUUUUUUCCAACCCCGGAUCGAUGUCCUAGGCAUCGUCAUCUACACGAGCGAGUUUGUGCUUUGGUGCGGGGUCUUUGUGUGUGGUGGGUAUUUCAACUUGUUGCCGUGGGCGAGGAAGAGGUUGCGCGAGAGAGAGUAUGCAGGAAGGACCAGUUUCGUUGCGAAUGAGACGCCAGGCUCGGCUUCAGGUGCGGCUGUCGACAUCGCGUUACAUGACUUGCCUUCUUCGACGUCCGUCUUCCGCACAGCGUCCAGGGAUGAGUCCGGUCUCCGAGUCUGGGCCAAGGUCUGCCCCAUGAUUAUCCUGUCGGGGGAAUCUUACCAACUUGCCGCGGCACCAGGACAUCAGUCUCACUAA